AUGCAGUUGAUGAGCGUGGAUGGCCUUACCAGAGAGAAUGUUGCUAGCCAUUUACAGAAGUACAGGCUUUAUCUAAAGAGGAUGCAGGGCAUGUCCAAUAAUGGAAGUGGUGGCAACAAUAGCCCUGCAGCAUUGUCUGCUUUAGGAGUCGACCCUGCGACCGACCAUUUGUUCGCCAGCUCCCCUGUGCCGGCGCAUUUUUUGCACCCAAACAGGCCGAAUUCUGAUCAUUUCAUGCCCUUUGUGCCGGUAGCCUCAAUUCAGCAUCAUCACCCAAUGCCGGUGGUGGGGCCAGGGCCAGGGCUGCUCCACCAUUCCCAACAGCAAUUUAGACAUUUUGGGACUUCACCUUCGAAUGGGCAGUUUGAACAUCCGUUCAUUAGGCCUUCACAGGCAGUUCAUAGCAAUAACGGUUCUGUCAUUGCACCACAUUUGGAGGAUUUGGAGUUGGCCACUCCCACAAAUGGGAGGAAUAUUCUCUCUCUUUUUCCAUCUUGCGAUGUUUAA